GUUCGAGUCCUAACUGAGAUAACCGUAAUUAAAAGUGGCCAUCAUGUCGUCUGCAUCUCGCGCGUCCCUGUUAAUCAUCGCUCUGUUGUGCUUGGACUGUUGUUAUUCGGCCACGAUUCCGAGGCCGUUCGAUCCAAGAUUGACAGAGGAAGUGAUUCUCUCGCCUAAAAAGAGACCGUUCUGCAACGCCUUCACUGGUUGCGGGCGUAAGAGAUCGCAAGCAACUCCCGGCAUGCCGAUGAACGAAAUUGCGAGACAGCGUCAGUUUGUAGACGAGGACGCCAUUGAAUCUCUCGUGGAUUCUGACAUGACCAUAGACGAACUAUCCCGUCAGAUAUUAACAGAAGCCAAGCUGUGGGAGGCCAUCCAGGAAGCCAGUGCGGAGAUAGCAAGAAGAAAACAAAAGGAAAUGUACAAUUAAAAAGAUUUUAUGCAACGAUACGGCUGAAUAAUGUAGACCUAGUACUGGUUUUUGUAUAACAAAAAAAAAAAAUUAAUAA